UUUAUUGUAAAAAUAUUUUAAAAUCUGUACCAUGGCAAAAGGCAAUUAUUCAGCAGUGUCUGACUUUAUCCUCUUGGGACUCACAGAUAAUCCAGAGCUUUAAGCAAUUUUCUUUGGUGUAUUCCUGGUAAUCUAUUUAGCUAGUGUCAUGGGUAAACUUGGUUUGUUUGUGCUAAUACAAGUCAGUCCUCAGCUUCACAUACCCAUGUAUUUUUUUCUCAGCCAUCUGGCUUUUGUUGAUGUUUCUUUUACAUCUCCUGUCACUCCCAUCACCUUGGUGAAUUUCCUAUGUGAUGUUAAAAGCAUAACAUUUUAUGCAUGCGCCCUUCAGGUGUGCUGUUUCAUCACAUUUGUAGUUUGUGAGCAGUAUUUGCUCUCAAUCAUGGCAUAUGAUAGGUAUGUGGCCAUCUGCAGCCCUUUACUCUACAUCAUUCUCAUGCCUAAAAAACUCUGUAACCGAAUCAUCACUAGCAUGUAUGUUUAUGGGUUCAGUGUGGGUCUCGUACAGACAGUGGCAACAUUCCAGUUGUCUUUUUGUGGCUCCAAUUUGGUCAACCACUUCUACUGUGAUGAUGUGCCCCUGGUUGCUCUGGCCUGUUCUGACACUCAGGUCAAAGAGCUGAUGUUGUUAGUCAUCGCUGGGUUCAAUACACUCUGCUCUCUACUGGUCGUGAUCAUCUCCUAUGUCUUCAUCCUCCUUGCCAUCCUGAGGAUCCAUUCUGCUGAAGGAAGACAGAAAGCCUUUUCCACCUGUGCUUCCCAUGUGACCUCCAUCACCAUAUUUUAUGGGACAAUAAUUUUUAUGUACCUACUGCCCAAGUCAAGCCAUUUUCUGAACACAGAUAAGUUUGCUUUGGUGUUUUAUGUGGUGGUGAUUCCCAUGUUGAACCCAUUGAUCUAUAGCUUGAGGAAUCAGGAAGUAAAAAGUACACUUAAAAGAAUUACAGAGAAGUUGUGUUUGGCUGUCAAGUAACUGAAAAA